GCUCGCUAAAGAAAGCAAACACCGUUUUGAUUCUUGCAAUGUUCGAUGCUCGUUGCAUCCGCAUAAUUUUCUGCGAAGAAAACAAACAACCUCACUUCAAAACCUUUGAAAAGACUCACCCAUCACAACACAAACACAAGCAUGUGCCAACGAACCCUGUCUCAAGAAGAGCCGCUGAGCUUGGCUAUUGUUCCCUUCAAGCGAGGGCUGGCUCUGUCCCCGUUGUCUUGCUAUGAUACUGUCAGUGAAACUAGCAUCAGCACUACCGGUAGUAGCACUGGUAGUACAUGUAGUAGCGAUGCCAAUGACGGCGAUAUUCAGCUGAUCCAACGACCAUCGUCGAGAGGAAUCAGUUCCUCCUGUGCCUUGAGACACUUUGAGGUUGAACUGAGUCUCGCCGCUGUAUCGUCUGCUACUACGUUAGUCUUGUCAGGAUUCAUCGAACGAUCGACUCGCCACGACAUUUACGCCUUGCGGGAUUUUCUGGUACGAGACGACUGUCCGUGCCAGACGGUUCAGUUUCAAGACGAUGUGGCGUAUGCGAGCAACUUUCGUCGUUUUGCCUACAAGAAGGAGAAUAUCAAUCACCACAUACAAGCCAUUUGUCUCCGCAAGAACAUUUGCCUGGACUACCAGAUUCGAUUGGAUCUAGAUGUCGACGACCUGGCGCUCGACAGUGUCCUCUCGUUACUCGCUGAAGUCAAGAAACACCCCGAAGUCCGUCAGCUGUCCAUUGCGGGACAUCUCAAUCCUACCCAAGAAAGGACACUCCUCCAAAAACUCACGUCCUUGCUGCGACAAGACGACCGCGAUUGGACUUGCGUCAACGUCUUUACUGGAUUUGUCAAUACCACCGGCAAUGACGAUCAUGACGACUACCAACAAUGGAGAGACAUCAUGAUGGAAUACAUGGAAAUCUUCUCUCAACUCUACACAAAGUACAACAUACCCAUCGAUAUCCGACCGUGCUGUGACUAAAACCAAUGUCACGCUUUCAUAAAGAUCAUAGAACCAUGCAAAUACAGGCAAAUAAAUUGCUCACUUUAAUUUAAUUAAAAAGAUACACACAAACGC